AUGUUCCGUACAGCCUUAAUAAAAUCUACUACACCAAUCUGUCUUCGUAGUGUUUCCACAUGUCGUUACUAUUCAUUAGCCCUGAUUGCCACGGACACUCUUGAUUGGGCAAUGCUUACAUCUAAAAAAGCAGAGGAGGAAAUCGAUGCCGCUUCAAUGAGAGUUCGUGGUGUGAAACCACCUCCGCCUGAUUUAGCAGAAGAUGAAGCUGAAUUUGUGAAAAAGGUAAAUGGAGGCAAACUUGAUGGUGCUGAUAUUGCUGAUAUUGUCCAACAUAGACACGAAGCCAUUGAAAAGGUUUGGGAUAAUACUAAAGGUUAUGUUAGUUUACCAGAUAAGGGAUCUAAAGCCGAAAGUGAACAAAACAGACCAGAUGAUGGAUUGUAA